CGUGCGCGUUCCUCAAACUUCAGCGAGCGUCUGUGCUUGGAUCCAUCAGCGCGACGCCGCCGCCUUCACUCGAGUAGAGCUGCCUAGAGCGCUGCUGCUCACUGCGCGCAACAUGGAGUGAGUGAGUGAGUGAGUGAGUGAGUAAGUGAGUGAGCGCGCCUGCCUCUCGGACUUUCGGCUUUACUUGCGCUGCUUGAGGAAAUUCCGGCCGUAAAAAAGUGAAUCAGUCUGGAAGAAAAACGACGAUGUAGUGCAAAUACAAACAGUUGACUGUUUUAUUUCGCACCUGCAAAGCAGCUCUAUCAAGUAUCGCACUGGGGGAGAAGUGGACAGCGGUGGGACAAACAUGCUCUCGCCGUUCUUGGCGUAUUUGCUGUCGGUUCUGGUUCUGUGUCGGAUUGCGCGCUCCCAGUACUCAAGCGACCAGUGCAGCUGGAGGGGCAGUGGGCUGACACAUGAGGGACACACCAGGGAUGUGGAACAGGUGUAUCUCCGCUGUUCCCAGGGGUUCCUGGAGUGGCUAUACCCCACGGGUGCAAUCAUCAUCAACCUGCGCCCUAACACGCUGUCUCCAGCAGCCUCUCUUCUCUCCGUCUGUAUCAAACCAUCUAAAGAGUCUAGUGGAACCCGCAUCUACCUGGACCGGCUGGGCAAACUGCGAUUACUCCUCCGUGAGGAAGAUCAGGCGGAGGGGAGAGUGCACUGUUUUAGCAUCCAGGAUGGGGCACUGUUCAUCGAGGCUGUGCCUCAAAAGGAUAUCAGCCGAAAAAUCACAGCCUUCCAGUAUGAGCUGGUCAACCACAGACCAGGAGCAGAUCCAUAUUCAUUAUCUGCACCCUGCCAACCCUGCACUGAUGCUGAAGUCCUCCUGGCGGUUUGCACCAGUGACUUUGUGGCACGGGGUACUAUACUAGGCGUGACACAAGAAGACGAUCAGACAUCCGUCGCUGUGUCCCUGAGUCAACUCUACAGACAGAAGACACAAGUGUUUGUGUCAGGGGGCGGCCAAGCCAAAUACUGGACAGGCUUUAUGAAGAUGCCCAGACAGUGCAGGGUUAAAUCCGGGGAGGGCGUGUUCCUCUUCACUGGGACGGUGCGAUUCGGGGAGGCCUGGCUCAGCUGCGCCCCACGGUACAAGGACUUCCUUAGGGUGUAUCAGGACGCAAAGCAGCAAGGGACAAACCCAUGUCAUUUGGACACAGACUGAAUUCUUUCCAGGAAACCACACAGUCCGCCCAGUCGCUCAAAAACUGUGACCCUCCGAGCAGCUCUUUCGCUCUAUGUGUGUGUGUCUGCAGACAGGAGUGGAUAUAAAUCAGUAUAGACUGGAAUACCGCAAUCGAAUCAUCUUGCAUGCUAUCCCAGCAAUGGCUGAGACAGAGACUCAAGCUCUUGAAACAUCUUGCAAAGAAAAAUAAAGUUGGACUUUUAUUACUAAGCCAAUGCGGAUUUCUUCUGUCAUGUCUUAAGACGUUUUUCUGACGUCUUAUUUUUCUUACGGUCACAAUGUAGCAGACCUCACUGUUGAAUGUGUAAAAAUGUGAAAGAAGAAAAUUCUAAAUGAACUUCCAAAUGCUUUGUAAAAAUCUUGUUGUACAGUUUUGCAGUUGUUUCUAUGACAGAAAUAUAUUGAAGAAAAAGCCUGCUUUUUAAUGUUUAUUUUUUAAGAACAUUUGAAGUGCAAUUCCUGCCUGUGUUUAUUCUUCAGGCUGUUCAAUUACAAAUGUGUCUUU